AUGACAACAUUUAUUCACGAAAAAGCUACAUUUCAAUAUCCGGCAGGGGUAUGGGAUCAACUUAAUAUAAAGCUGUUCUUUCGACGUUCAUACGGGUUCUAUAUACUUCAGAUAUAUCUUCCUACCUAUUGUAUGGUUUUGAUUAGUUGGAUCUCAUUUUGGCUGGAUCGUCGGAGUCUUCCUGCUAGGGUAACACUUGGCGUCUCUUCGCUCAUGGCGCUGACGUUACAAUAUAGUAAUGUGGCUCGAAGUUUGCCCAAGGUAGGAAGCGGGGGUAACCUACUUUUUGGGUUUGAGCUUGGUCCUGGUGCACUCGAUGGGCACAAUAGCGUUUUCCAUUACUAUAUACGCUCUAAGUAA